UUUUUUGGGAAGUUAUUGUUUGUGUGGCGAAGAGUUACAUUUUACAUAAAUACGUAAUAUUAUUUUUUUAUCUAUCUGCUCCUCAGUCUACUCAACAUUAAGAACAUAGAAUUAUAAUCUAUGAGAGCCUGUGUGCGCAAGUUCAUCGUAAACACGAUUAUUAUUACUAUCUAAGUGACAAUAUGUCGUCGUCGUAGACCGGCGGGUGUUUGUUGAUUAUUCACCGCCGCCUGAUAAAAAUAUAAAACUUGCACUCUGUAGUCUGUACGUACGCACGCCAGCGCCGCAGCCCCGUCCCCUCUCCAUCGCCAACGACGCCUCAAACUUUUGCCGACCGACAGACGACGGUUAAUCGAGAAACUUUCAAUACCUAUCGACUACCGAUGCUCGUCGUGGUACUGUUGGCCUAGAUCGUAAACGUUAAUAAUAGUAUAAUAUAUUCAAUAAAUUGUAUACAUGUGUGAUAUGUGUAUAAAACAAAUUGUUAAAAAUGCUAUGACGUUCAACACCAUUACAUAAACUAUUACAUUCAACGUGUUUGUGUAACCUUCAUGUUUAUUGACAAAAGCAUCUGUUUGUUACAAAUCAUGGGAAAUUGGACUAGUUGUUGCUCAUACAGCAGCCCCUUGUCUAGGCGCAAGGAUGCCAACGGCGCUAUAAAUGAAUUCACGCAAGAGGGCGAGGAGAGUGUUGGGAACUUACAGCACAUUAGUGAACGCGAGCAUGACGACUGGAACACUGACCCAUCUGUUCAUCCAAAAGUUGCUACAAUAUUUUUAGAAAGAUCAAAAGUUGAAAAUGGUUUAACAAGAAAACAAAGUCAGUCUCAGAUUGUAGACUUCAGAUCUCUAAAAAAAAGUAGUUCAUGUUCAACUAUAUAUUUAGAUGAUAGUACAGUAUCUCAACCAAAUCUAAAAAAUACAGUAAAAUGUGUAGCACUUGCAAUCUACUAUCAUAUAAAAAAUAGAACUUCUGAAAGACAAAUUGAAAUUUUUGAUGAAAAAUUGCAUCCUUUAACUAGGGAUAGAGUACCUGAUAACUAUGAUGUUCAUAGUCCAGAACAUCGUCAUAUAUAUAAAUUUGUUCGAACAUUAUUUAAUGCUGCACAAUUAACUGCUGAGUGUGCUAUUAUAACAUUAGUUUAUUUAGAAAGGUUAUUAACUUAUGCAGAAGUUGAUAUAACGCCUGCCAAUUGGAAAAGAAUCGUUCUUGGGGCAAUUUUGUUGGCUUCAAAAGUAUGGGAUGAUCAAGCUGUAUGGAACGUAGAUUAUUGUCAAAUUCUUAAAGAUAUAACAGUAGAAGAUAUGAAUGAAUUAGAACGUCAAUUCCUUGAGAUGCUACAAUUUAACAUUAAUGUUCCAUCCAGUGUUUAUGCCAAAUAUUAUUUUGAUCUACGCUCAUUGGCUGAAGACAAUGAAUUGACAUUCCCGGCAGAACCAUUAAGUAAAGAACGAGCUAAAAAACUAGAAGCAAUGUCUAGAGUAUUUGAAGAUAAGAUAACAGCUGAAUUUCUGAAAAAUGGUAUAAAAAAAUGGUCUAGUCUAGAUAAUGUGAGCAGUAAUACAGUUGCUCGUAAAAGUGUUGCUAUAUUAUCUUAAAAAGAAACUAAAAUGUUUUUACAUUUAUAAAGAGAAUGUAACGUCACCAAUAUUGUGAUUAUUUGUAGGAUUAAUGUUUUAAGUUACUAUAGUUAUAACUUAUAAGACUUACUUUCUCCAUAUAUUUUAAAUCUAGUGUUUUUAUUAAUUUUUUU